CUCUCUCUCUCUGUCUCACCACUCUCCCUGUCCUUCUCUCCCUCCCUCUGUCUUUCCCCCCCUGUCUGAGAAGAACUUAUGUGGCUAAGAUGCGGGGGCCCUCGGAUGUCAAAACUUUGAAGAUUAAUGGAUUACUUUGUUAAUGACUCUAGGCGUCAGAUUGAUUUGUGAGGAGCGAAGCGUCUUCCUGACAGUCCCAAACAAUGCCAGGAGUGUGCGGGAGGAGAAGAGAGGGCAGCAGUCGGCUAGAUCAGCAUCCUGACUCAAACAGACACACACACACACAGAUACAGAUAGACAGACAGACACACACACACAUGAACGCACGCACUCACACACACAUCCACGCGCGCGCACGCGAGAGCACACACACACACACACAGAGAUCUCUUUCGUUUCAGAGGCCAGCGGCCCCCUACUUGCUCACUCCCACCCUAGCCCUCCACACCCACACCCACCAAGAUGUAUUUUUUGCCUUUAAAAAAGUGUAAAUAAAGCCUCGCUAGCCCCCAAUGAGGCGUUCCUUCCCGACUUUUUUGGAUCAAUCAAACAGACAGUGGCUUCUUUUGAUUAAAGCCCAAAUUGUCAUUGGGCAGAAGCAAUCAUGUGACAGCCAAUUCGGUCCAAUUUCAACCUUGUCUCCAUGAAUUCAAUAGUUUAAUAGUAGCGCGGUCCCCAUACGGCUGUAAUCAGUGAAUUAGAAAAAAAACACCCCAGCAGCGAGCUUCUAUGAGAGAUUUUUUUUUCUUCUCUUUCCUUUUGCCUGGGCCUUCCCCCCGCCCCCCCAAGCCCCUCCAGAAGAGGGAACUUUUUCUCCGAGGGGGCUCCGAGGAGAAGGCCAUGAAUUACGAAUUUGAGCGAGAGACUGGCUUUAUCAAUAGUCAGCCGUCGCUCGCUGAGUGCCUGACAUCUUUUCCCCCUGUCGGUGAUACAUUUCAAAGUUCAUCAAUCAAGAGCUCGUCGCUUUCACAGUCGACACUGAUUCCUCCUCCUUUUGAGCAGACCAUCCCCAGCCUGAACCCGGGCAGCCACCCCCGCCACGGCAGCGGCGGCGGCCGCCCCAAGUCGAGCCCUGAUGGCAGCAGCGGCGGCGGUGGCAGCCCGGUGCCCGCCGGGGCCCUGCAGCCCCCGGAGUACCCCUGGAUGAAAGAGAAAAAAGCUUCCAAGAAAACCGCACUGCCUCCCGCCUCCUCGGCCUCCGCCUCCGCCACUGGACAUGCCUGCUUGAACCACAAAGAAUCCCUGGAAAUCGCAGAUAACAGCAGCGGGGGCUCCAGGCGCCUGAGAACUGCAUACACCAACACCCAGCUCUUGGAGCUAGAAAAAGAAUUUCAUUUCAACAAGUAUCUCUGUAGACCUCGGAGGGUGGAGAUCGCAGCCCUGCUGGAUUUGACUGAGAGACAAGUGAAAGUGUGGUUCCAGAAUCGGCGGAUGAAACACAAGAGGCAGACCCAGUGCAAGGAAAAUCAAAACGGCGAGGGGAAAUACAGGAGCCUGGAGGACCCCGAGAAAGCCGAGGACGAAGAGGAGAAAUCACUCUUUGAGCAAGCGCUCAACGUCUCAGGAGCCCUUCUGGAGAGGGAAGGGUACACUUUUCAGCAAAACGCCCUAUCCCAGCAGCAGGCGCCCAACGUGAACAAUGGCGACUCCCAAAGUUUCCCAGUUUCGCCUUUAACCAGCAAUGAGAAAAAUCUGAAACAUUUUCAGCACCAGUCACCCACUGUUCAGAACUGCUUGUCAACAAUGGGCCUGAACAAUGACAGUCCAGAGGCCUUGGAUGUCCCCUCUUUACAAGACUUCACCGUUUUCUCCACAGAUUCCUGCCUCCAGCUUUCAGAGGCCGUAUCGCCCAGUUUACCAGGCUCCCUCGAUAGCCCCGUAGACAUCUCAGCUGACAGCUUUGACUUUUUUACAGACACACUCACUACAAUUGACUUGCAGCAUCUGAAUUACUAAACACAUUAAAAAAAAAAGCAAAGCAAAAAUCCCUUUGGGGGGUUGCCUUCUCUUUUCCCGGGAGUUGAUUUUAAAAAAAAAUUUCCCUCUCUCCUACCCUUUUUUCCCUCCCCCCAAACUGGCCAGGGUUUUCUGUUUAGUAACUCCCCUGACCGAGUUCCAGAGCCAUCUUUGCAGGUUAUAAUGAAGUUAUAGUUGUUUUGGAUUUAACCCAAAUACCCUCUAGGUGAUUCCUUGAAAGCAAUAUAUGAGGCCUGUAAGAAAGUGACCAUAUAAUUUUAUCGUCACUUUCUUUUUAUUUUUGUAUUACAUUAGAAUGCAUUGUCAUAAGUAUUUUUGGUAGAAUAAAUUCUCCUUUGCUACAAGUAAUUUUCUUAUCCCCCUUCCGCCACCAAGAUUCAUAACGGUUCCUUUCCCUCCUUUUAGUCUAACUUGGUAAAUAAAAUUCUGCUCACAAUCUCUCUUCUUUUAUUUCCAUUUGAAUAUAUUUAUUAAGGGGGAAACAUUCAGUUUUUAUUGUAAAGGUUAGGUGCCAACAGAAGGAAAGUGAGAGCUCUGAGAAGCAUUUCCCCCCUUUUAAAGUGGAUUAGAUUUUGUUACCAGACUAUAUAGUAGGUACAAGCCAUAGAUGUGACCCCAUAAAAGAAAGAGAAACGUGUAGCCUCUCUGUCAGGGAAAGUUGGAGUUUUAAGAGUGGAGACAUAAA